AUGGCAACCGCUGUUGGCUCUGAUCUCAGCUUACAAGAAAUAGCUGUUUCUCAUCGCGUUGGGAAGCCAAGAUCAUCUGAUAAACCACGCGAUAUUCUGGUCAAAUUUAUAUCACGUCGCUCAAGAGAUAAACUUCUUAAAAAACGCUCCCUACUAAAAUCAAACGGCUAUGAGGGCAUCUUUGUAAAUGAGGACCUCACCAAAUACAGGUCGGAGCUGCUUUUCGAAGCCAAGCAACUUGUUAAACGCAAGCACAUUAUUGGUGCUUGGUCCACUGAUGGAACAAUUCUUGUAAAAGUCACUAAAGACAAAAAAGUUAGUGUCCACAGAAUCCACACCAAACGUGACAUCAAUCGGUUCCUGUCAUACACUGUAGCAGAAAACAGCAAUUCCUCUUCUAAUGUCGACUAUUUUAUUUUCCGCAGUAUAUUGGCAUAA